CGCCCAUUGCCACGGCUGCGCCCGCUCCAGGUCCAAUAAUGCAAAGCUUAUGCAUAAUGCGGGACCCUCAGGCACGGUCGACCGCCGGCCUCGACCAUAACAGGCUACCACACCUCGGAGUGGGAGGCCUGGACGGAAGCCCCCUCGACAGCGGGGUGAGCUGUUUCUCCCCGCACGCGCAGCAGCUGCUGCGCACUAGCCCCACCAGUUCUGUGUCAGCCUUCAGCACUCCUGCACGCGCCCUGAGCUUGCCAGUAUCCGGCGCCGGCAUUGGCGCCGGAGCGAGCAGCGGGGCUGGCCUCACGCGCGGCUCUAUGGUGAUGAGCUCGGCCUCGGAGCUCAGUUGGCAGGGGGCUCCGCGUGGGCCGCCCAUGCAGGCACAGCACAUACCACACAUGCAACACCACAGCGCGGAUGGAGCCGCUCCAACCCCAACCCUGUCGGUAACUAUGCCGCAGCCCCAGCGACGGCCGCUGCCAGCGGGCCAGCUGCGGCUGCAGCCCGCAGCUGUUGGCGGGCCGCAGGCGGACACAUGGGACAUGGGGCCGGCAGCUGGCACUGGCGGCGGUGGUGGUGUUCGUGGUGAAGAUGGUGGCGGCAUGAACGGCUGGAUGGCGCCGGCCUAUGCGUACGCCGGUGCGCACCCAGAGGUGGCACGCCGCAGCCUCCCGCUGUACGCACAGUCCCCGCAGCAGCACCGGCAGCAGCAACUGUACCACCACCACCAGCUGCACCUGCAACACCAGCAGCAGAUGCAGAUGCAGCAGAACCAGCACCAUCGGCGGCUGGUGCUGCUGGGUAAGCGAUUGCAUCCCGGCGCCGGGGUCGUGGAGGAGGAUGAGGAGGAUGGCGAAUAUGGCGGUGCUUACGUGGAGUGGGGUUACAGCUCCCACGACACACGCGACCCCUGGCAAAGGCCAGGGCCAUGGCAGCAGCAGCAGCAGCCCCAGGCAAUGCCUGCUGCAAGCGUUGGCUUCGCGCAGCAGCGCGCCUGUGCCGUGACCGUGCCGCAUCCACAGCUCAGCCAGCAGCUCUCUUUCAGCGCUGGAAGCCCCCAUGGCCGCAGCUUCAGCCCGCCAUUGCCCAUGAUGCCCCGCCAAGCUCUGGUGGGAGCGGCCUUGCCGCCGCUCGUCCUGCUGCCGCCGUCGAAAGGUCAAGUGCUGCCGAUUCAGCGCUCAUCGCCGCAAGCAGCUGCGGCAGCUGCAGCUGCUGCUGUGGCCGCUGACGGCUGUCCUCGCUUCGCGCAGGCCAGUGGUACUGGUGUCCUAGCCCCGCAGCCACCUGCUGAGGAUGCCUUCGAGCGGCAGCUACGGCAGCAGCAACAGCAGGAGCAGGCCCAGGCGCAGCCGCUGUGCUUCAAUCAGGUCCACCAGCAGCAGCAGCAGCAGCAGCAGCACCCGUGGCAGCAAGCGCAGUACGCGCGACAGCAGCAGCUGCUGCUGCACCAACAGCAGCAGCUUCGGCACAUGGCGCUGCUACAACACCAGCAGCAGCAGCGACAGCAGCUUGGGGAUCAACAGGCAUGGCAGCAGCAGCAGCAGGCCCAGGGGUUACCGCCGCAGGGCCUGCUGCAGCCACCGCUGCACAUGGAACCUUCAUUCUGCAUGGCAGAGCCGCAGCAGCAGCCACCACAUGCGCACCAGCAGCAGGAGGCUGUCCCCACCGCCUCGGCGUGCGCGCCCGUGCCGUCACCCAGCUUAUUCGACGAUGUGCCCCUGGACCUUGAUCUCGACCUGGACUUUGGACAGGAGUUCGAACAAGGCGGCGGUUCCGACAUGGGCGCGGGUGCGGCGGCGGCCGACGAGCCGGUCAUCACGAUGGCGGCCGGCUGGGCUGCCAUGGGCUAUUCCGACGGCGCAGCCGGUGCGGCAGCGGACGCUGCCGCCAUGUGGACAUUGAACCAACGCGCGGUUACGAGCGGCAGCCUCGCCGAUAGCCACAGCCCCCCGGGUGGCAGCGGCAGUGGCUCGCCGCCGGCGGCUGAGGCUGUGCCGGUGCCGGCGAUCGCCAGGCUAGGGGCCGGGCGCAGCAGCAGCGCUGGCAGCUGGGCGGGGUCGGUGCCCGCGCCGAUCGGCACUGGCGGUGCAACGGCCGCAGGGCUGGCAGGACCUUUCAUCGGAGGUGCAUUUCCGUGUGGCGUGGGCCUCGCGCCAGCCACCGGCGGCGGUGGCGUGCAGGUCGCGCUGGUCCCGGCUUUGUCGGCGACCUGCGGCCGGGAGGUUGCUGGCCCCGCUCAGCCGAGUGCCACACUCGGUCCACGCCGGACGCCUGCAACCAAGAUCCAGCCCAGCCGCGGCAGCGGCAGGGGCCGGCGGCUGCGCACGAGGCCGGACAGCGAUGAGGCGGUGGCCGUAGGGGCUGCAGCGCCCAGACGCCCUGCCAGGUUGAAGUCCUUGCUGGUGCUGGCAGCCCAGCUGCCCAACGUCGACCCCUACCCGCGUAUGAAGAUCCUGAACGCACAGCGGGGGCUUGCACAGCCGCAGCCAUUCCCGUCAGAGGCCUUUGCCGGGGUACGGCUGUAUGCUGGGCCACAAGAGCCGCAGCAGCUCAUGCGUGCUGAGGACGCAGCCGCCGAGGCGGCAAACUGUGCCGACGCCAUGCAGCCUCUUCUGGACAGCGGUGCACGAGCCAUGCACAUCUGCAACCCGGGCUUGCAUCCAACGGCAGUGGUGCCUGCGGUUCCAUUGGAGCAUAGCGAUCGGCAAACAAGGUCAGACGUAACCAGGCUCCCAAGCAAUCAGCAAACGAGUAUGUAAGGGACCCAAGAAUUCCUGGUUAGGGCUGGCAUGCUAGUGUCGCAGUCCCUGUCCAUGCCGAGACGUUGUGAUUACGACCGUGCAAGGUGGUAAACAUUCAAGACUGCACAGCCCAACGAGGCCCAAGGGGGAGACGCCUUGCCCUGUUGGAAACGUUGUGCAUUUUUUGACCUAGCCCCCCGCAGCGCAGCGUCCCGGAGGGGGGGGCGAAGCCCCCCCGAAACACCCCGGUCCGUGCGUGCGUGCGUGCGUGCGGCGAUUGGCGGCGAGUGACGUGACUAGUUUGUUAGCUGCGGGUUAGCACGGACUGUGCACCCCACCCAACCGGCCACGUCCGGAUUUGCGGGGAUGCCAAAGGCCCCCAACAUAGAGGCGUGUGCAAUUUGCGUGUGCUUAGUAGGCGCCCGCGUCAAGGUGGCUGGGUUGAUAACGACCCGGGAGGGGAGGGCUCAGCCCUUUUCCUGCCUCCCUAAGGCAGCCACCUCCUUGUUUGACCUAGCUGCAAUACAUGCCCUUCAUUGCUUUCAAUUUCUCAAUUACAUGCGCUUUUGUUAAUGGCGUGCCCUGUACGUGCAUGCGGAAGAGACCCUCACAUACGAGCAAAAAUUGCCUAAACUCAGAACCUCAUGCGGUCAUGUCGAACGACAUCAAUGCGUGGUUUCAUGGACAAUUCUCAGCCUAUCGCGUUGGGCAGCUUUGUAUCGUACCAUGGUUGACAAUGUCGGGUGAUAAAAGUGUGGAGUGCAUAGCUCUUUUCGGCGCGCCUGAAUUCGCAGCUACAGAAGGCAGGAUGGAAGUAGGAUGGCACGGCAAGAUCUGGGCAGGACGCUGGGGGGCCGUCUAAUUUUGGUAUCUGGUAUCUGGAACAAGUUUUGAAGGCCAUAGAUAUCAUGCGAACAUAUGCUUGCCCAUGUCGGCUGGCCGCAUGUGGCAUGGUCUGGGAACUGCAGCUGCAGACCACAACUGUAGCAUCGGCGUUAGUAACAACAGGAUGCAUUGCGUGUAUAUCAUGAUUAAGUGUCAGUAAUUCGUGCGGCAAGCUACAAGGCUGUUGGCCUACGUCGAACGCACGCACUUCGCAAGACGGCAUUAGGUGUGCACACGCAACAAGGUUGAACGGUAUGCGUAGAGUUGUGUUCGUUCGUUCCACCGCGCAUUACCUUUAUCUGCUUGAUGCCAACUUGAUUUGCAUCCUUAGGAUAGGUACCAGCUCUGACUUUAUACAUGAGGCUGGUUAGCAUUGCAGUAGCUUCUGAAGAGGCAGGUCACGGCAGUGGUGUGAGGCCAGGUGGGUUUGCCUGGUUUGCAGAGGAGCAAGCCGAACGGUCGACACCUGGGCGGGUUCCUGUUGAGUGAGUCGUAACAAGAUA